UUUUGGACCACCCUAAUGUUCACAUAUCGAGUUAUGCAUUAAUAUUAUAACCAAUUGUACCACUUGGCCACAAUAUGUAAGCCACAAAUACAAGUCCCAAACAGUUCUUCAAGUGCCCGGUAAUAUGAUCGCCUUUGAGUGCACUGGGACUGGGCAGUGCUGACCUCUCCUCUGCCGCGGCGACACUUCGCGAGCAGCUACUUAUACUUUCGUCUAUACAUAAGCAUUGAACACUGCUCUGCCGUCGUCUCUGGCGGCGCAGCUAUACUCUCACUAGUUGUACGAAGAAUUGUAAUAGAGUUAAGAAUUCAUUGAAUAAAGAGAACUCUAAAGAAAAGGUUGGCGUACAAUCUUAUUGGGACAACAUAUUACUGAGUCCUGUGAAGCUGGAUUAAGCUGAGUAUCCUGUGAAACUGGAUUAAGCUGACGAUCCUGUGAAGCUAGAUUAAGCUGAGUAUCUGUGAAGUUUGAUGAAGCUGUGUAUCAUGUCGAUCACCCUUGGUUUGGAUUUCAGAUAAGCCUUUCUUCCACCGCAAGGAACUUGAAGUCGAUAGAGGUCCGGCAGUUUAACUAUAACUCCGUUAAAAGUCAACUUUCAGAAAUGUCAGCAAUUCAACAGCCUCGGGGCUGUUGCAAAUUUUGUUGAAUUGCUGAAAACCAGAGUUGUCGCUGUUCUCGACUAAAAGUAAGAGGGUAACUCUGGUCACUUGUAAACAUGGAGGAAAAGGACAUUUUGGAUUUUUCGGUGAAGCGGAAACGGGAGUAUUUCAGGUCGUUCAAGUGGACAACCGAAGCUUUGGUAUUCUUUGUGAAAAUGGUUUGGGAAAGGGUAAAGGAUUGCCCAGAGAAGCUUGAAAAACCGACUGCUAAGUUCUACCAAAAGGUUGUUAAAGAAUAUACAUCGUUUCGUGAUGCUGGUGUGCAGUCAAUAAAAACUAAAAUGAAUUACGGCAAGUCGCAAUUCAUUAAAGCGAUCGAGUGGCGCAACCAAACUGGUGGAGGACUUCUUGAGAAGGGGGAUGAGACUUCGGUUGAAAAAAGGUUUCACGACAUCUUAGGAAAACUUAAAAGAGUGGUGCCUCCUAAAGUUCCAGAAACUUUUCAAGUCCUAAAUGGCUACGAAGAGGUUGCCGAGUUGAGAAACAUCUCUAUUGAUAUGAGUAGCAACUUGGGGACCGAUACUGAGGAUGAGCCAGUCGCCAGAGCCCCCUUCGCGAAAGGCAACAAUGGCUAAAAGCAAAACUAAGUCGAUGGCUGCUGUUGUCUCAGGACAAAUAAAAGUAAUAAAAAAACAAAAUUUGUAACAUCAACAAAA